AUGCGCGGGCUGGAGGCGCGGGCGCUGGCCGUGGCGGGCCCGCUGUACUCGCUGCGCGUCCUCCGCGCGGGCUACAGCCGGCCCAACGCCGACGGCACGUGCCGCGCCGACGGCUCGGUCACGCUGCUCUGGGGGGGCCCCCUGACCGUGCUGGUGGACACGGGGGGGCCCUGGCUGCGGCCGCGCCUGCCCGGCCUGCUGGCCGCCCACGGCGUCGCCGCCGAGGACGUGACGCACGUGGUGGUGACGCACGGGCACUCGGACCACGCGGGCAACCUGAACCUGUUCCCGCGGGCCACGCUGCUGGUGGGCUUCGACCUGAGCCGCGGCGAGGGGCUCUACCUGCCGCACGGGCUGGCUCAGGGCGUGCCGCUGGAGCUGCACCCCGGGCACCUGCGCGUCGUGCCCACGCCCGGGCACACGCGGGCGCACGUCAGCCUGCUGGCGCUGGGCACGGCGCUGGGCGCGGUGGCCGUGGCGGGGGACGCGUUCGAGAGCGGCGAGGACGAGGGGCAGUGGCAGGCGCUGAGCGAGGAGCCCGCGGCGCAGAGGCGCAGCCGGGACGAGCUGGCGGCCGCCGCCGAGGUGAUCGUGCCCGGGCACGGAGAGCCCUUCAGGGUGGUCAGGGAGUGGGGGACGCCGGACGAGGAGGAGGAGGAGGAGGAGGAAGGCGGCAGGUGGAGAGGUGGGGACUGCGAGGAGGAGGAGGAGAAGAAGAAGAAGGAGGAAGAGGAGGAUGAGAAGAAGAAGGAGGAAGGCGGCAGCCAGAGAUGUGGUGGUGAGGAGGAGGAGGAGAAGAAGGAUGAAGAUGUCACCUCCCGACAUGGCGACAAUGAGGAGGAGGACGGUGUCACCUCUGGACAGGGACAGCGCCCAGGAGGAGGAAGAUGAAGAUGAAGAUGAGGAUGAGGAUGAGGAUGUUUCCCCCGGACGCAGGAGCCUUGGCGGUGGCAUCAGGGGACACCUGCGGGUGUUACCGUGAUUGACAGGGGCCUUGUCCAAUCACAUCUCUCACUGGCCGGGACUUGGACCAAUGAGAGCUUGGGAAAUUAAAAAUAAUAACAAAACAAAACACAAAAAAAAAAAAUCUCUCCGUUGCCAUGGGAACUCGGCGAAGAAAUUCCCAGUUCAUCCCAGUGCCUC